AUGCCAGGAAACAAGUAUAACUGCAAUCCCCUCACACCCAGAAGUAGAUUGGAAAGGCUUCUCAGGGAAAGAGAGCUAAGGAGAUCAAAUCUUGCUUCACAGACGAAUGAAGACGGCAACAGACAUGCAGAACUGAGUUCAUUCUUUCUUACUGAUGGUGAAAAUUCAGCUCUCUCUGGUGAUGAAGACAGUGCAGAUGGGGCUGCAGCAGCAAGAGCUUUUGUUGAUGGAUGUGAAUGGCAAGAGGGGCGACCAUCUAAACAACGGUUAUUGGUUGUAGCCAACAGGUUACCUGUCUCUGCAGUUAGGAAGGGUGAAGACUCAUGGCAGCUUGAGAUAAGUGUAGGAGGGCUAGUGAGUGCACUUCUAGGUGUGAAGGAGUUUGAUGCCAGAUGGAUUGGUUGGGCUGGUGUAAAUGUACCUGAUACUGUUGGACAAAAGGCACUGACUAAAGCCUUAGCUGAAAAGAGGUGCAUCCCUGUGUUUCUUGAUGAAGAAAUCGUUCAUCAAUAUUACAAUGGUUACUGUAACAACAUCUUGUGGCCUCUUUUCCACUAUCUUGGACUUCCACAAGAAGACCGCCUUGCAACCACCCGGAGCUUCCAAUCUCAGUUUGAUGCAUAUAAGAAGGCAAACCAAAUGUUUGCUGAUGUUGUAAACAAACACUACGAGGAUGGCGAUGUUGUUUGGUGCCAUGAUUACCACCUAAUGUUUCUCCCUAAAUGUCUAAAAGAACAUAAUAGCAGGAUGAAAGUUGGUUGGUUUCUCCAUACACCUUUUCCUUCAUCAGAAAUACAUAGGACACUGCCAUCUAGAUCAGAACUAUUGAGAUCCGUUCUUGCUGCUGAUUUGGUUGGAUUCCAUACAUAUGAUUAUGCAAGGCAUUUUGUUAGUGCUUGUACUCGUAUUCUGGGUUUAGAGGGUACACCUGAAGGAGUAGAGGAUCAAGGAAAGCUGACUCGAGUAGCUGCGUUUCCAAUUGGGAUAGACUCAGACCGAUUUAUUCGAGCUCUAGAACUCCCUCAAGUCCAGGAACACAUGAAAGAACUGAAGGAAAGAUUUGCUGGCAGGAAGGUAAUGUUGGGUGUUGAUCGCCUUGAUAUGAUUAAGGGAAUACCUCAAAAGAUUUUGGCAUUCGAAAAAUUCCUUGAGGAAAAUCUGAGUUGGCGUGAUAAAGUAGUCUUGCUGCAAAUUGCUGUACCAACAAGAACCGACGUGCCUGAGUACCAGAAGCUCACUAGCCAGGUUCAUGAGAUUGUAGGACGCAUUAAUGGGAGGUUUGGGACUCUUACUGCUGUUCCAAUACAUCAUCUGGACCGAUCUCUGGACUUUCACGCAUUAUGUGCACUAUAUGCUGUUACAGAUGUAGCACUUGUUACUUCUUUAAGGGAUGGGAUGAAUCUAGUGAGCUAUGAGUUUGUUGCUUGUCAAGCUUCCAAGAAAGGGGUUCUCAUUCUAAGCGAGUUUGCAGGUGCAGCACAGUCCCUUGGUGCUGGUGCUAUAUUGGUGAACCCGUGGAAUAUCACAGAAGUUGCUGCUUCCAUAGGUUAUGCUUUGAAUAUGCCAGCUGAUGAAAGAGAAAAGCGUCACCAUCAUAACUUCAUGCAUGUAACAACUCACACAUCUCAGGAGUGGGCUGCAACCUUUGUAAGUGAACUCAAUGAUACUAUUGUUGAAGCUCAACUAAGGACGAGACAAGUUCCUCCAUUACUUCCUAUCAAAGGAUCAGUCGAUCGCUAUUUUCAAUCAAACAAUCGAUUACUUAUACUGGGAUUUAAUGCCACUUUAACUGAACCAAAGGAUACCCUUGGGAGAAGGGGUGGUCAAAUUAGAGAAAUGGAACUCAAGUUGCACCCAGAUCUCAAGGAACCCUUGAAAAAGCUUUGUGAUGACUCAAAGACAACAAUUGUUGUCGUUAGUGGAAGUGACAGAAGCGUCUUGGACUAUAACUUUGGUGACUACAACAUGUGGUUGGCAGCAGAAAAUGGGAUGUUCUUGCGUCUUACAACAGGAGAAUGGAUGACAACUAUGCCAGAGAAUUUAAAUAUGGAUUGGGUUGACAGCGUAAAGCAUGUCUUUGAGUAUUUCACCGAGAGAACCCCACGAUCUCAUUUUGAGCUUCGUGAAACUUCACUUGUAUGGAACUACAAAUAUGCAGAUGUUGAAUUCGGAAGACUCCAAGCCAGGGAUCUGCUGCAGCAUCUUUGGACAGGGCCAAUCUCGAAUGCAUCCGUCGAUGUUGUCCAAGGUGGUCGGUCUGUGGAGGUUCGAGCAGUUGGUGUUACAAAGGGUGCAGCUAUUGACCGUAUCUUAGGAGAAAUCGUUCAUAACAAAGGCAUGAAGGCGCCAAUUGAUUAUGUUUUGUGUAUUGGCCACUUUCUACCAAAGGACGAAGAUCUCUAUACAUUCUUUGAACCAGAGCUUCCUUCCGAGGCACCAGCGCAAAGUAUUCCUCGACCCACAUCAGUACCAACUCCUGUCAACCCGUCUUUGCCCAAGAUUUCAACGGGUAAAAGUGGUUCUAAGGGAUCCCGCCUUAAGAAGCAACGGUCGUUGUCAACUUUAGAAAAGAGAGCUAAUAUUGGAAUUGUGAAUGCUUGGAGGCCAACAUUAAUGCGUGAUAGAAUGUCUCUGCAUGAAGGUUCUUCUGUGCUUGACCUCAAGGGUGACAACUACUUCUCUUGUGCUGUUGGGAGAAAGCGAUCCAGUGCAAGAUAUCUCCUCAAAUCAUCAGACGACGUCGUCACUCUUUUAAAGGAGCUUGCUGAAGGUGGAGAACCAGUGCCUGUCGACUCAGUAGAUGGAGCAAUGCCUCUAGAUAGAGAAGGUGGAGCACUGCCUCUCGACUCAGAAGGUGGAGCAGUGCCUCACAACUCGGAAGCUGGAGAACAAAGCACUGAGAAUAUCUAGAUAGCAUCGGUCGAAAGAUUUCUUUCACAAGUACAUAUGAGUUCCUUGAACAAUCUCAGACCCGCGGGACUGUGUUUUGUAGGUAGAAGGAAACAAAAAAUUGCACAUAUGAGAUGUUCAGAGCUUCAGAUUUCAUUCUUCCAUACAUU